AUGGGGCAGGCAUUGGCAAAUGAUAUUCUUUUUAUGAAUGGAAUUAGCAAUUAUUUAAAAGCAAAAAUCAAAAAGAGAAGUCUUCUUCCUUAUUUGGUAAUGAAAACACGCCUUCUACUUCAACACUUCCCCUUAGCCUCAAUUUGGGUAGCCCCAAGAAUUGAAAAGGCUUAUAGAUGCAAAAUGCUAGCUGCUAACGAGCAAUUUCAAGAGGACUAUUCCGAAAAUUUGGUUAAUACAGUUAUCGAAAAUUCGAAUUAUUUAAAUGGAAGUAAUAAUACGAAUAGUUUGAAUAAUUCUUUUGGGGGGUUUAAUGAAGAUAUUUCUUCAACUGAACAACAAACAGCGGUGGUUUAUGAAUGGAAAAGUGAGGACCAUCAAUUCUUUGCUGAAAACUGUCCUAUUGCUGAUGGGGGGUUUACUGAUGAAUAUUUAACUGAAGAGACUGUUAGGUGA